AUGCGAACUGUUGUUCGGUGGAUCCACGCCAGCCAUCGUCGUUACAACGUGUUCGCCGCAAACAGAAUAGCUGAGAUCCUGGAUUCAACGACCCCUCCGCAAUGGAGACAUGUUCCUGGUGUACUUAACCCAGCAGACAGAUGCAGUCGUGUUCUCUGUCCAUUUGAGCUCGAUCCAAAUCAUCGCUGGUACCGUGGACCUGAGUUUCUAGUUUUGCCGCCCGAGCAAUGGCCGGCCCAGAUUCCAGUGACUGAAUUGAUCGACCACGAAGACGAGUCUAUUGGCUGUUUCCUAAUCGCCAAUCCUAGCGGGCCAGUAGAUGACGUUGUGGCACGAGCUGAUAAUCUACAUCGCCUAAUUCGCGUCGCCGCUUGGAUUGAAAGAUUCGUUCGCAACAUCCAGAUCCUCGUUCAUCGGAGACGUGUCAGAGAAAGGUCUAUUCUGGAUGGCAAUCAUGAAGAAGCAGCGACCGGACAAAGUGAGCAGUUGAAAACGGGCCGGCAGCAGAGUGCGGACGAGCUGAAGUCAGCCCGUCUCCUUUUAAUUCGUGUUUCGCAGCGCGACUCCUUCCCUGACGAUUUAAGCAGUUUGCGGAAGGCGAAGUCCGUUCGCCCUGAGUCUCGGUUGCUGAAACUGGCCGUUUAUCUAGAUGACGCCGGAAUCAUUCGUGUUGGUGGCCGCCUCGAAAAUGCCCCCAUCAGUGCUGAAGCCCGUCAUCCUGCCGUUCUGGAACCCAAGCAUCCGCUCACCCGAUUGUUCAUACGCUGGGCGCAUAUUUCCGUGGCUCAUGGACGAGCUGAUCGCACUCUUGCGGAAGUUCGUGCUCGCUACUGGGUUUUGAAAGGACGCGAAGCGACAAAGUCGGUCAUCACGACUUGCCUGUACUGUUCCCGCAUGAGAGCCAAGCCGUUUCAGCCGAUGAUGGCCCCACUUCCAGCGGAGCGGGUCCAACCGUUCAGCCCUCCAUUUACCCGUAUUAGAGUGGACUACCUCGGUCCCUUCCCUAUUUCAAUUGGCCGGCGAACAGAAAAUCGUUGGAUAGCACUUUUUACCUGCCUCUCCACCCGUGCUAUCCACCUCGAAAUUACCCCGUGUAUGGAUGUGGAUUCCUUUUUAAUGGAUUUUACCCGUUUCCUCAGUCGUCGGGGUGCCCCGAACGAUGUUUUUAGUGACAACGGUACCAAUCUGACAGCAGGAGAGCGUGAGCUGCGUGAGGCGGUUACCCGCCUUAACGACGUGAAAAUCGCUGACCAACUUGCUCAGAAAGAAAUUCGUUGGCACUUCUCCCCGUCUGCUGCCCCGCAUUUCGGAGGUGUUUGGGAGCGUCUGGUUUGCUCGUGCAAGGAGGCCCUGCGCGCUUUCCUUGGUCAGCAGACGGUGAAGGAGGAAACCUUUGCAACGGUCGUCAUCGAAGUUGAGGGCCUGCUCAACAAUCGACCGUUGACGGACUUAGGUGCGGACCCGCAAGAAUUCGAGCCGUUAACCCCGAAUCAUUUUUUGUAA